GUCUCCUUCUCUUACGGUUACUAUUGCCAGUAUGCAGAUUACUAGGUCUUCUUUAAUUCUCCUCGUCCUGUCAACUCUGACUUCGGCUGGUCCGAUCCAAAUGCAGAACGAUGUAAUACGCAGAGCGCACCAGCCCCAGAAACGCUACGUCGUGGUCGAUACCAUACAAACGCCUCGAAAUGCGCCAAAGAGACGCCAUGCACCUACAGAACCAGCCGAUUCUGUAGCAGCGGCUGAAACGAGCUCAACUACUGAACUUGCGGCGGCGCCUACAGGGGAUGGCUCUGAGAAUGGGAAUGUUCCCGCGAUCGGUGUCGGAGCAGGUAACACCAGCGACUUGAGCUUCUUGGCGCAGACCGCGGUCUCCAGUGCGACACCGACGGCAACGGUGUCAGACAUCCCCGAGACUACAAUCACAACAACAGCUGAAGCUAUUUCAGAGGCUGGGAGCGCAGCUGCAGUGGCUGAGACGAGCUCGAUUACUGACCCAUCUGCGGUGUCCACAGGGAAUGGCUCCGAAAAUGGGAAAGUACCUGCCGUAGGUGUUGGUGCAGGGAACACCAGCGACUUGAGCUUCUUGACUCAGACUGCUACAGCAUCAACAGCGGCAGCACCAGCGACAGAUGCUACCGAGACCGCAACUACUACAACAGUUGCGGCCAUUUCUGACGCCGGUAGUGCAGAAACAGCAACACAAGAUGGCAACGCCGCGACGUCUACCACGACAGCAGCUGCAGACACAACCACCGACAACUCUGGCACAGGACUGACUUCAACGGAACGUACACAAGCUUCUGUUCCUGCCACGGCUGGCGACACCUCCAAAGACUCUUCUGUGAUAGGCACGGGAACCGCCAUCGAGCCCCAAGCACAAACGGGUGCAGGGCAACCGGAAUCGACCUCAACGACAACGGUCCAGGUUCAAACAACGAUCAUGACCACGCUCCAAGUGACCGCCGAAGUCACCGCUGCUGCUACUGCCUCCGUCUCCGGCACAACUACUGCGGACACCACGAGUGCGGGAGCUGGCGAGACAGACACAGCGCAGCCGUCCACGCAACAAAACCAACAAUCCGACGACACUUCAAGCACAACCGAGGCCUUGUCAUCGCCGCUAGCUUCCGUGACGAUAGUCUUCGUCACCGCCUCAGCCACCUUCACGGGCCCAACAGGCGGAUUUACCACGAUCACGCCGGGACUGGGGACGAUUGGCGUCGCUCAGACAGCCAUCUCUGAACCAGCAACCUCCACCAACAGCGUCAGUUCCUCAACAGGCACCGAAGGCUCACAAAGCGAAGGGACAUCAACCACCACACUUUCAAGCCUUACGACCGUAGAGGUCACCGCUGAACCCACUAGUAGCUCGACUGACACAAGUAACACAAGCGAAGAGCCAGGGCCUAGUACUAUAUCCACAGCAGCACCGGUCCCCAAUGACUCUUCCCCAAGUCCAGCCACAACGCCGACGGCGACGCAGACAAGUGUAGGGAACGGAGAAGGAGAUGGCACAGUCGUUGUGGUUCCGGUGACCACCAGUGCGGUGGUGAUGCAAGGACAGGCGCAGAGUCAAGGGCAGGGACAAGUCACAGUGACACAGACUGUUACGGAGACAGUCACGACGACGGUGCGGUGAUCAAGUGUGUCGUAGGGGGAUUCAAGAUGUGCAGGCUUGCAGUGUAUAGGUUUUGUUCUCAAUUACUAGCAUACGGGCUGCAUUGAUGUUGGUUCGACAUGACAGAAUUAUGAUCUUUGGGCUAAUACCAUCAUUGGCAUUCAGGGGCGUUCAGAACAUCAAACAGCAAC